ACAUGACCAGUCUCCACUUCUGGACCGUCCUGCUCACCGGCGCCCUGAAAGCCUCUUUGUUUUUGUUGAACACCACGGAAACAUUUACUUUCAAUCGACUCAGGGGCCGUUUGGGACAGAUAAAUGGCUAAAGAAACCGGACCUUUAUCGAUGAGCUAACUAUGUUAUUGAUGACAUACUGAGGAGCAGAAAGAAGAGCAGCUUAGCUAAACGUUCUCGCUGGCUUUGGAAUCCAAAUAAUCUCCAAAAUGAGUCCAGAGGGGAAGAGGCUCUCCAACAUUAUUAUCCUUGGGGUUGGCUUUAUGCUGAUGUUCACUGCUUUUCAAACAUGUGGCAACAUAGAGCAAACUGUUAUCAAGAGCUUCAACAGCACCGAGUUCCACGGGAGCGGCUAUACAAGCAUGGCCAUCAUUUAUGGAGUUUUCUCUGCAUCCAACCUCAUCGCCCCCUCAGUGGUAGCAGUUAUCGGACCACAACUCUCAAUGUUCUUCAGUGGCCUUUUUUACAGUGGUUACAUUGCUAUGUUCAUCUACCCGUACACCUGGAGUUUCUAUACUGCAUCUGUAUUGGUAGGAAUUGCAGCAGCAGUGCUCUGGACAGCUCAGGGAAAUGUGCUCGCCAUCAAUUCCUCUGAAAGCACCAUUGGAAGAAACAGUGGCAUAUUCUGGUCACUGCUCCAGUUCAGCUUAUUCUUUGGCAAUCUCUACAUCUACUGUGCCUGGCAUGGACACGACCACAUCACGGACAAGGACCGUCAGACCGUGUACAUCUCUCUGACCGUGAUCAGUUUGGUCGGCUGCUUCCUCUUCUUUCUCAUCAGGAAACCUGACAACGACACUCCCUCUCCUCCCGAGGGGAGGGAGCCGCUGCUGCAAGGUGACUCUGCAGAAAGCUCCAUGGGCAGCUCAACCCCAGGUCUCUGCUAUCAAGCUUAUGAUGCUUUUAUUAGAGCUUGUAAAAUGUUUGUAACCAAAGAAAUGCUGCUGCUGAGCGUCUCUAUAGGAUAUACAGGCCUUGAACUGACUUUUUACAGCGGCGUGUAUGGGACUUGUAUCGGCUCCAUGACUCGCUUUGGUACCGACGCCAAGAGCUUGAUUGGGAUCUCUGGUAUUUUCAUUGGCAUAGGAGAGAUCCUAGGAGGGGGGGUGUUUGGCUUGCUGAACAAAAGCAACCGGUUCGGGAGGAACCCUGUGGUGCUGCUGGGACUCAUCACUCACUUCAUCGCAUUUUACCUGAUUUUUCUCAACAUUGCCAGCGAUGCUCCUCUGGCUCCAGAGGCAGGAACAGAUCUGGAGGCUUACAUUACCCCCAGCGUCAGUGUGGCGAUGCUCUGCAGUUUCCUGCUCGGCUUCGGUGACAGCUGCUUCAACACGCAGCUCCUCAGCAUCAUCGGCUACGUGUUCCACGACAACAGCGCCCCUGCCUUCGCCGUCUUCAAGUUCAUCCAGUCCAUCAUGGCUGCCAUGGCUUUCUUCUACAGCAACUACCUGCUGCUGCACUGGCAGCUGCUCAUCCUGGUCAUCGUGGGCUUCUUCGGCUCCAUUUCCUUUUUUGUGGCAGAGUGGGUGGCUGUUUCCAGCAGGCAGGACUACGACGGCAUCUGAUGGUUUUCUGACCCUGGUGACAAGGUCACGAUUGGAGGUGUUUCACUCUCACCAUAGGUGACAUCUGAGAGACUGUUGCUGCGGUAUGUUUGGUUUGUACUGACCAGCCCAGUGUGUGUGUGCGGACCCUGACAGAGCCAAACACUCAUACCGGUCUCAUUGUUUAUCUGAAAUGUGUGAACGGCAGAGGUCGUUCAUGUUUCACUCCUGGCCUGUUUUUCUUAAUUUUGUGCACCCAGUUUCAUAACUUUCAAUCUGAGGAAGUUCUUGAUGCUGCUCGUAGAAAUGUGUCAAGCCCUUUGAUUCAAAGCCAAUAAUUAUAUCACACUAGACUCACUUCUGGUAACGAUGUGAGAGGAAAAACUGACUUCUUUAUGAAUCCUCUGCAGGAUUUCACUUUUUUGCUUUGAGACAGCUGCUCUGGUUGUAGGUGUAAACUUUAGUUUGGUGGUAUUCUUUAUGUUUCAUCCCAACAACAAAUCCCAUA